UCCUGAUUGAAAAUAUUGGAGAACCACAUCGUCCCUUUGUCUGCGAUGCAGCUCUGACAUGGAGCUGUUCUGCUGCGAUCUGAAGACACAGAGGGGAAGAGUUUCUUCAAGCUCUUCCGAGUCCAAGGUUGCAUUAAUUUCCCCAUCUAUGUUGUAGUGAGGAAUUCAUGCGGCUUUGGGUGCAGGAUUGGUGCGAUUAUGAGUGUCUUGUGAUAAAUUAUUGGCAUGACUGGUAGAUUGCUGUUACAAGAAUAGAAGGAAAAUCUUAUGCCAAUGGAGUCUCUGUGGAAGCUGUUAUAUUUGUUUGAACCAGCCCCCCUCACCCUCAUUUUGACUGCAAUAGCUGUAACUUUUGGUUCUGCAUUUCGAGCGCUAAAUUAUGGGAAAGAAAUGGAGCGGAACCGUGAUCUUUCAGAAGCUUCAAUCACUUUAGACAGGUCCCAAGCGCUCCUGAUACCGAUGAUGAGCUCCUGCAGCUUGCUGUUGAUGUUCUACCUCUUCUCAUCAGUUUCUCAGCUCCUCACAGCCUUUACUGCUGUAGCUUCUGUGUCCUCUCUUUUCUUCUGUCUAUCACCUCAUGUGGCCUAUGUGAAGACGCAGUUUAAUUUGGCUGACCCAUAUGUGUCACGGUGCUGCUCCAAGUCUUUUACACGAAUCCAGGGGCUUCUACUUAUCACGUGUACUGGUACAGUUGUUGCUUGGCUUGUUUCUGGACACUGGAUCUUGAACAACUUGCUGGGCAUUUCAAUAUGUAUGGCAUUCGUGAGCCAUGUUCGUCUGCCGAAUAUCAAGAUAUGCACGAUGCUCCUCGUCUGUCUUUUCGUCUACGACAUUUUCUGGGUUUUCUACUCCGAGAGAUUCUUUGGAGCAAAUGUGAUGGUGUCAGUGGCCACAAAGCAAGCACUGAAUCCAGUUCACACUGUUGCUAACAGCUUAAGUCUUCCUGGAUUGCAACUCAUUACAAAAAAGUUGGAGUUGCCAGUGAAGAUUAUGUUUCCUAGGAACUUGUUGGGUGGAGUUGUUCCUGGAGGAGGUACAGUGGACUACACGAUGCUUGGUCUCGGGGACAUGGCAAUUCCUGCAAUGCUUUUAGCAUUAGUUCUCUGUUUCGAUCACCGGAAGAGCAGGGAUAUUGUCGGUCUCUUAGAACUGCAUUCCUCAAAAGGGCACAAAUACAUCUGGUAUGCCCUUCCAGGAUAUGCUAUUGGACUCGUCACUGCAUUAGCUGCUGGUGUUUUGACUCAUUCCCCUCAGCCUGCCCUCCUCUAUCUGGUGCCCUCUACGCUCGGCCCAGUUGUUAUUGUUUCUUGGAUGAGGAAGGAAUUCGAAGAGCUUUGGGAAGGAAUUCCGCCAUGCUUGAAUGAUAAAGCUCGAUCAGUAGAGGUCUGAGCCUUUCGUCUUUGGUUUAGAGGCAGCAAAGGCCCUGCAAGUUGUAAAUUCAGUUCAAAGUUUACUUGUAUCCCUACUAUGAAGUAGUUACCAUACCAAACGGUGGCAGCGAACUUUUUCCAGAAUCAAAUCUAUGUUCUCUAGUUAUACUAGAUUCGCCCCUUUC